CAAAAGCAAAAAAAUAUGUAUAUAAGAAAAGGCUGCUACCUCUACAUAGUACAUACAACAAAGGUAGCUGGCUCAAAGGCAAACCCACAAACACAGGCUUUUGUUCCCUUUUGAGGAUUGCCCAUAUCCACUACGUAGAAGAAAAAAAAAAAAAAAAAAAAAAAGUCUGCCAUGGAAGAAGAGAAUUCGAAGCUGUUCUCCAUGGAAUGGAAGUAUAAUUAUAUCAAGUUUCUUGGCAUUUCUUUUGCGGUGUGUUUGGUUCUGGUGAGGGCCAUGCUUUAUCUGUGUUGGAGGCCAAGGAAGAUAGAACAGCACUUUGCCAAACAAGGAAUAAGAGGCCGUCCUUAUAGAUUCCUCAUUGGAAAUGGUAAGGAGAUUUUGAGCCUAAUGUUGAAAGCCUCUUCACAGUCCAUCCCUUAUGAUUCUCACAAUAUACUCCCAAGGGUCCUCCCCUUCUAUCAUCAUUGGAAGAAAAUCUAUGGUGCAACAAUUCUACUGUGGUUCGGACCGACACCGCGUCUCGCUGUAGCCGAUCCCGACCUAAUUAGAGAAAUAUAUACCUCAAAAUCAAAAUUCUACGAGAAGAAUGACGCUCACCCCCUCAUAAGACAGCUUGAAGGUAAUGGCCUUCUUAGCCUGCAAGGAGAAAAAUGGGCUCACCACAGAAAAAUCAUCACGCCCACUUUUCAUAUGGAAAAUCUCAAGAUGUUAAUGCCAGCAAUAGGGUGUAAAGUGAUUGAAAUGUUGGAGAAAUGGACAGACAUGUUGUCAAAGUGUGGAGAAGUAGAAAUUGAAGUGUCGGAAUGUUUUAAAAUGUUGACACAAGACAUUGUGGCACAAACUGCAUUUGGGAGUAGCUAUGAACAAGGGAAAGCCAUUUUCAGCUUACAAGCUCAACAAGUGCUGCUAACAAGUGAAGCAUUACAAAAGGUUUUCAUUCCUGGAUAUAGAUUCUUGCCCACUAAAAGGAACAUGAAGUGUUGGAAGUUGGAUAGAGAGAUUAAGAGAUCUCUAAUAAAUGUUAUUGAAGAAAGGAGAGAGAAUUGGGGAAGUGGAAUGGUUGAAAAUAGGCCAAAGGAUUUGCUGGGCCUUAUGAUCCAAGCAAGCAUGAAGGAGGGUCCGUCGCCGCCGCCGGCCGCUUCUGCGACGGCGAUCACGGUGGACGACAUUGCCGAGGAGUGCAAGACGUUCUUCUUCGCCGGCGAGCAAACCACGUCGAACUUGCUGACUUGGACAGCCGUCUUGCUGGCGAUGCACCCACGGUGGCAGGACCUGGCACGUGAGGAGGUGGUCAAGGUGUGUGGGUCACGUGAUAUACCCUCCAAAGAUGAUAUUGCCAAGUUUAAGAUGUUGAGCAUGAUUCUGAAUGAGUCCUUGCGUCUCUACCCUCCAGUUGUUGCGAUGAUUAGGCGAGCGAAGAUUGAUGUGGAGCUUGGAGGAUGCAAGAUCCCUUGUGGGACCGAGCUCUUGAUACCAAUCCUAGCCAUUCAUCAUGACCAAACAUUAUGGGGCAGUGAUGUGAACGAGUUCAACCCCACCCGAUUCAUCAAGGGAGUAGCUAUGGCAACAAAGCAUCCCGCGGCUUACAUUCCCUUUGGCAUUGGAGUCCGACAAUGCAUCGGACAAAACCUAGCAAUUUUACAAACAAAGCUUACACUCGCAAUCAUACUACAACGUUUCUCAUUUCGAAUGUCGCCAUGCUAUCAACAUGCCCCGACUGUGUUGAUGCUUCUCCACCCUCAAUAUGGUGCACCCAUCAUAUUUCGUCGUGUUUAACUGAGACCAUCACCACAGAUAAUAAUCAAACUUCUUAAUAUA